UCUUGUCAAUUUAAUUUCUGGUAUUUCGUCACGCAGCAAGUGAGGUUUGUUUGGAGAUAAGGCUAUAAGGCUGAAAGAUGUCCAAGCCAUAAGGCUUUAAGGCCAUAACAUAAAGCUGCAAGGCAACAAGGCUAUCAGGCAGAGAGCUAAGAGUUGCCCCGCGUUUGGCACGUGCUAGCUAAGAUAUCACGUGCACUGCCCCGCAUUCCACGAAGUGUUCCUUUUAUGCCUCAGGCAGUCAGGCUCACCAGUCUUCUACAAACAUCCAUCGUGACCAUCGGGAUGUUGUGACACUUGAUAUAUCCACGCCUCUUCUGACUACCUAAUCCAAUGACAUUCCAGAAUUUCCCUCGCUUGCCGCAAUCCACACCCCCAUACUCAACCUUUCUAUCCCACCUGUAGCCUCUAUCUCUCGCGACCACCAACCCAAAGCCAUGGCCACCAGUCAACCCUCCCCCCUCCUCGUCGACCUCCUCGACCACAUCAACUCCAUCUCCACCGACACCACCCCUCUCGACCCUCGCCUCUUCGAAGAUUGCGCCCGCAUCCUCCCCUCCCAUAUAACCCCCACCCAAUCCCAAUCCCUCAUCCUCGCCCUCUACCGCCUCUCCUUCGCCAACCCCCCCCACGACCUCUUUCCCGUCACCACCCUCCUCGAAGCCCUCAUCCACCCGGUCGCCUUCGACGACAUCCUCGCCAUCGACCCCCCCGUCGACUUCAUCUCCGGCCUCGCCCUCGCCGCCCGCCCCUUCCACAGCCUCUGCCUCUCCAUCCUCGAGAAAGCCGCCCAAGAUGCCUCGCUCGCCCGCCGCCUGGCCACCACCCACCCGCAGGCAUUCGUCGCUCUCGUCGGGUUCUGGCUGAUCAGCGACGACGAGCAGCUGUCGCGGCGCGCGGGGAACCUGUUACAGGACUUGCUGCGCGUGGACGUCGAGACGGGGGCCGGGGAUGAGGACCCGAGCGGGACGCCGGGGUCGGGGAUCGUGUCGAGCGCGGGGUGGCGGGGGACGGUGUGGCGGCGGGUGUUCCGGGAUCGGGACACGUACGAGGCGAUCAUUCGGGUGUGCGACACGGAGUGUCAUCCGGAGUUUGAGGGAGUGGAGAUCGGGGAGCGGACGGUGCGGCAGGUGAGGAGCACGGCGAGGGCGAGGUUGCUGGAGUGGAUUCCGGAGGUGGCGAGGAUGGAUUGGGAUGCGGUGACGAGGGACCAUCUGGCGUCGGAGACGUCGUGCGCGCAUUUAAAAUCAUUCAGGUAUGGGUUGUUGGAGCUUGCCGUCGAUCAUGGGUAUGACAAGAUGGACGUGGUGGUGUAUCGGAUUGCUUGCAAUGCCAUCUCCGAGUUGAUCACCAUCCAAGAGAGUUGGGAAGACAGGUAUGGCCUAUACAGAGACCGUCAUAUCGCUUCGCUAACGGUUCGUAGUGCCUCUUCGCGCUCCCUCGAAGCCAUCAAAUCCCUAGGAUUCCAUGACCGGUUCACCUCAAUGUACUUGCAUCCGCAGGGGGACCACGGCUAUGAUGAAUUGGACAUGAACCUUCUCGGCCCGGCAGUCGUGGAAUAUGUCAUGGUGUAUGUCUCCUCAUACCCCGACCUCUUCGGCCAAUCCCCGUUCUGCAAACAGGUCCUCGACAAGUUCGAAACCACUUUCGACCAACCCCCCCGACUAUGGGGCGACGACGGAGCCGGCGAUUUGGCCGUGUUACGCUUCUUCCCCAAACGCUACCUCCUGCAAUCGCCCACGCCCCAUCAAGGCAUCAACGUGCUCGGCUUCCUCGACCCGAAGCUCGGCGACGAUGCCCUCCUCCGCACCUUCGCAGCCGUCUUCGCGUGUCAAACCCGCGGUUUCGGCACCGUCCCGUCCGCCGCCCGCUCCGCCGACGCGCACAUCACGGACGACGACCGCUCCGCUGCCCGCCUCCUGUACUACCAGUUCCUGGAGAAGUAUUCCAACAUGUGGUACUUCAUCGGCUUCCACGCGGACGCUGGCCCCGCGCGGAAAGACGUCGUCCUCGCCGCCCUUGAUCUGAUCGACGCAAUGAUCGACGUCAAAUGGUCCACCUCCACCGCCUGGAUCACCGCGGAGGAGCUGCGGUCGAUCGCCGAGCGCUACGAGUCGCGGCCGCCGACCGGGAUCCUGGCGCUCAUCAGCGGCGAGGCCAUGAGCAACGUCGUGACAAACCUGAUGUCGAUCCCCAAGUCCAUGUCGCUGGCGCGCGACGACGACCACGCGAUGCACGAGAUCGCGACGCGGCGGUUCGACGUGUUGGCGAAGCUGUUUAAGAGCCUUAGUCGGGAGGCGGCGGAGCGGAACAAUAAGGACGAGCAAACGACGCUGAAUAGUUUGGCGGAGCAGAUACAGCGACGGUUAGGGGCGGGGGUGUGGCCGCGAGCGGCGACGCGGGCGACCAGUAUCGCCACCCAAUCGCGGUGAUGUGGCUAUAUAGGGCAUUGGAAAUUCGGAAUCAU